GCGAUUAAUCCUCUUGGCGCUAAAUCGCGCCAUUCAUCGACGCAUCCAGCGUUGACCAGCUCAAACGUCUCACUGCACUGCCGUUCCGUACUGCGAACUGCGAAAACGCCGGUCCGCCCGUCCAGAGACGGCACAGACUCGCAGAGCCCAAAAGCGCAUUUGAAAUCACGCGGACGCGAGGCGCAGCAAUCAAGUAGCGGUCGCGGUGUGAAGCGCAACAGCACAAACACAACGCUCACACAAAAAAACAGCAACCACAACGCUCUCACAAAAAAACAUGGACAAAUUCGUCCCGAAACGCAAGGCCGGCGACCCGCCCGCUCCAGCGAAGAAACGGCCGGCGCGGCGCGGCGUGGCCGCGAAGAAGCUGCCGACCGACCCCGUCGCGGUCGCGAAGCAGGCGGUCGCGCGCACGGACCGCCUGGUACUCGAAGAAGCCAUCGUCGCGCUCGUCAGCGACGGCGCGGUGAGCGUCGAGCGCCUGGCCGAGCUGGGCAUCGCGCCGGCGGCCGUGAAAACGCUGAAGGAGAAGGUCACCGCGACGGCGCAGCUGCGGUCGACGGGCACGAUGGGGUCGUGGGAGCGGCUCGACCAGGAACUCAUCGUGGCCAUCAUCGAGCACGCGUCGUCGCUGGAAAAGUUCCAGCUCUCAGAGACGUGCAAGGGCCUCUGCGCGCUGCGCCGCGAGCCGCGGUGCUGGACGUCGCUCGACGUCGGCAAGCUCGACGGCCUCACGGCGUCGGGCCUGCGGCGCCUGCCGUCGUCGAUCCCGACGACGCGCAUCGAGUGCCUGCGCCUCGACGAGGGGCGGGGCAGCAGCUUCGGGGCGGCGGACUGGGUCGCCUUCCUGAAGCAGCUCGAGUGCAAGGACACGCUGAAGCGCCUGAACCUGGCCACGAAGAAGUUUGGCGCCGGGGCCAAGGCGCUCAAGGCCGUCGAGCCGCUCGUGGGCGGCGUCGAGGCGCUGCGGGUCGUGGGCAUCAAGAACCCGCAGGGCGUCAUGGACAUCGUCAAGAAGGCGCCGCGGCUCGUGGACCUCGAGGUCAUCAGUUCCGACGACGUGGGCUGGGAGUUCUUCCUGACGCGCCUGGCGCAGGUCGCGGCGGGCCAGCGCGGCGCCGGCGCCAAGAGCCUCCUCAAGCGCUUCGCGGCCAGCGGCUGGUGCUUCCGGAUCGUCACGGCGUUCCCCUUCGUCGCCUCGACGCUCCGGGGCCUCUUCCCCGAGUUGCAGAGCCUCGAGUUCAAGGGCCUGUCGUGCAACUGCGUGCCGAUCCCCGCGCCCGCCGGCGGCGCCGCGUCCCGGCUCCGCGUCCUCAAGCUCAAGCAGGUCGAGUUCGUGCCGGGCGCGCGGCAGGUGUCGGGCAGCAGCUACUGGGGCCCGCAGACCGAGGCCAUGUCGUCCGAGGCGGUCGCGACCUACGUGUCCAACUGCGAGGCCGCCUUCCCCGCGCUCGAGGUCUGGUGGACGUCCCGCGAGUGCGAGUCGAUCUCGACGAAGGAGCGCCGGGCCGGGGCGCAAUUCCAGCCGCCGCCGGUCCUGGACUCGCGGUCGCUCGCGGUGCGCUUCCCGCACCUGCGCGAGUUCACGCUCGUGAACGUCGACGUCGACAAGCACUCGUUCGUCAACUGGGACGCGCCGAGCCUCGAGAAGGUGCACCUGGACCCCGUCGGCACCGACACCUACCCCGCCUCGACCUUCGCCCAGCGCUUCCCGUCGGAAGUUUCGCGCAAGCCCAUCGUCCAGCCGCUGCUCGACGGGGCCGAGGGCGACGUCGCGGUGGGCUGGUCGAAGAUCAACAAAUACCGCGACUAGUAGGCCGUGGCAAGCGCUUCGACGAGUAGUGUUGUAAGACUCGAACCGAA